UUUUGACAGCUUUGACAAGCCAAGCCAUUUAAAAUCAAUAUGUCAGAUCGGUAAACAAGAAAUAAGGAAUUUGUUCUAUUUUUUUUAAUAUAUAAGCCUAUUUUAAGUAUCAAAAUCCUAGAAUUAAAUUGUAAAUUAUAAGUUUGUUGUGUUUUAACAGAACAAAAUGGACGACGUUGAAAAAUUAAGUUGUAAAGAGGAAAUAAUAGAUCUGAGUGACAUGGAGCAUUCUGCCAACGAUGAGUCCAAGGAAUCUGAGGAGAAAUCCAAAAAAAGAAAGAGGCGACGCCGUGAAGUUGAUAUGAUUAAGUUAUCAGAUGACGAUGAAUCAGAUGAUGAAGUUUCUGGAAAGAAGAUGAUAAGGCGGUUAAGUCCAGUACCCAAUUCACCUGCGUCGCACAGGGAGCCUCGUACUUGUGUGUUAAAGGCGAGCCAGAAACGUCGUCCCCUGUCCCGUUUACUGGAGCAGCUGCUGAGGAAUUUGGAGAAGCGAGACCCACACCAGUUCUUUGCAUGGCCAGUCAAUGACAACUUUGCUCCCGGCUACUCUACCAUCAUAAGGAGGCCAAUGGACUUCUCUACUAUUAAACAGAAGAUUGAUGACAAUGAGUACAAAUCACUUAAUUGCUUUAUCAGUGACUUCAAGUUAAUGUGCAACAAUGCGAUGAAGUACAACAAGCCAGGCACGGUGUACCACAAGGCUGCACGGCGAUUACUGCACGCAGGCCUCAAGCAGCUGACUCCACACAAGCUGCGUCCACUCGGAGAUAUCCUCACAUACAUGUACGAGAUACCAAUCAGAGAACUCGGCUUUGAUAUCGGCAAGAUGGAUGUUGUAAGUAUUUACUUAAACUGAGCUAAGUUUCUACAUCAGGUUUUAAGUGGUUAUAUAAC